UAAUAGUUACUAUAGGUUGAUUUCAGUAGCUUGAAGCUUCAGACUUUCAAUUGUCUUAUACUCUUAUGCACGGAUGCAUGCGUACGCGGCACAUAGCCAAUUAUUUGUUUACAAAUUACAAAACUGUAUAAUAUAAAGAAAAUUUCCUCUGAAGGUCUGAAAUCUGAGUGCCGGCCGCUUGGAUUGAUCACAACAGGACCUGUCAGGAGUGUUGACCACAGUAUAUAGAAUACGAUAUUAAAUAAUGAUCAUUGACUGGUCAGUCAGUGGGAAGUGGAAAUAUUCUAUUUAUUUUAUAUGUCUAACUGAAGAAUGAUGAUUGAAGAUUGGAUUAUGGAACAUUAAUGCAUUAUUAUAACCAUAAAUAAAGAAGUACCUGCAUCUCCACAUAAACGAGUCCUUGUCUUAUGACACAGUGUGUAACGCAUUAAUGUCUAUAAGGUUCAUACUUUAAUACUUCAAAGUUGAAUACACAGCCUUUAGUAUUUAUACUCGUUUCUUUUAUUAAUCAGUUAUUUUACUACCUGGUGAAUAAAUUCAAGUACCUAUAACAUAGGUUUAUUGUAGUGACAACUUCCCAGUUCUCUUAGACGACAUUGAUUUUUACAUGCUGUGAAAUACGACGAGUCAUCAUGGAAAACCUAGCUGAUAAACAAAUAAGAAUUGCUAGAGCAUUACUAAAUCUUGGUCAUUCAUAUCUGCAUACUGUUGACAUAGAAAAUUCAGAAGAAGAAAGUGAAGAAACUGAAGCGGGGGGAACUGAUAGUGAUGAAGCUGAAAGCGAAGAAAAAGAAGUACAAAAAAAAAUUAAAGUAAAUAAACAACAGAUCAUAGGAGAAAAGCAAGACCAAUUUGAUAAACAAUAUAUUAAUAAAGUAAAUAUGAAACAACAGAAAUUGGAGAAAAAAACAAAGCUAGAAGAUAUACCACAAUACUUUUAUAAUGAUAUACAACAAAAAUCUAACAAAAUUGCUCCUGUUCAGGUUGACACAGAAAAACACGAGAUUGAAAAAAAAGUUGUAAAUAAAUCUUAUCAUGAUGAACAUGAUAAGUUAAGUACUAACUUAUCUAAAGAAUUUAAUAACAGUGUACAAAAAAAGUUAGAAUGUGGAGUAGAAUUAAUUGGAGAAGAGCAAAAUGAGUUAAGUAAGAAACAGCAAAACCUCGAUGUAGAUGGUCAAUCAGAAAUUGUUAAAGAUAAAAAAUAUGAAUGUAAUGAAGAACUAAUUAAAGAUUUUGAAAAAGAAAAACAAGAAAUACAAAUACAAUUACAGAUUGAAGCCCCACCAAUGCCUGGUGCAGAAGUAGAGUUAUACUUAGAUAUACAAGUUGAUUCAGAGUGUCAACAAAAACUUGAUAUAAAUAAACAUGAAGAACUUGGAGAAAAUCAACAAAACAUUGAUAAAGAUAAUCAAAAAGCAUUUUAUGAAAAUUUGAAGCAUACAGUUCACAAAGGUAUACAAUUAUUAAAUAAAAAUGUACAAAUUAAAUUUGAUAAAGUAAAUUUAUCACAGGAUAUUGAAGAAGAUAUUCAAGAUAAAAUAAACAAAGAAUUGAUUCAAAAUAUGGAAGAAGAAGACAUACAACCAAAAUUACAUGAUAAUUUCCAAGAACAAUUUUAUAAUGAAGUGCAACAGAAUGUUAAAGAACUUCAGCAAGAUGAUGAAGAAACCCAAAAAAAUAUAUAUGAAGAUAAUAUGGAUGAAAAUCAUAAAAGGAUAUUACAAGAAAUUGAUUUACUUAUAAGUGAUUUACAAGGUAAAGAAAAAAUAAAGAACAAUGUAAAUGAAGAAGGAGAAGAAGAAGAAGAAUGUGACGAAUUAUUAGCAAUACGAAUUGCAAAAAUAACAAAGGAAAUUGAAGAAUUAGAGUUAGAUAUGGAUCAAAAGCACGAUGAAGAAUUAGAAAAAAAGUAUAAUGAUGAAUUUAAUCGUAUGUUUUCUACAGAAGUCAAAGAAAAGUUCUUAGAAAAACUACUUUUUUCAUUUAAACAAGAAUCUGCACCAUAUUAUAAAAGAAUUGAAAAUUUGCUUAACAUUUAUUUUCCAACUGAAUUAGAUAAAAUUAAUGGUAAAAUAUCGAUAGAUCCUAAUCAUUCCAAAUUUAAUGAAGAUCUUAGAGAAAGGUCUGAUUUAAGUGUUAAUAAGAUUGAAGAAACACAAGAAGAAAUCAAUAAUAAAAUUGAUAAACUUAAGGAAAUAGAAGAAGGGUCUAAUGUUAAUACACACACAUUUGAAAAAGUACUAGAAGAAAUUGACAUAGAAAUGGAAGAAUUUAAGGAUGAAGUAGAACAAGAAAAGUCUGACAUAGAAAACGAAGAUGAAAUACAAGAAGAUUCUGAUGUAGACGUUGAAGGAUUUGAUGACGAAGUAAAAAAAGACUUGGAUUGGAACUUACAAAUAGAGUCUGAAUUAAAUACAGACGAAUCUGAUAGACAAUCAUCACAGGAAAGUGAAGAAGAAAUAGAAAAAAUAAAUGAAGAUAUCAACAUAGUAACUGAAAUAGUUGACGAUUUUGAAACAAUCGAAUCUUCUUCAGUAGAAGAACUUAAUUCAAUUGAUGAAUCUGCUUCUAUGGAAAAUGAAAUUAGUUCUACAGAUGAAAAAUUUAGUUCUACAGAACUAAAACAGUGUAAAAGAGAUAUACAACAGAAGAUUGAUAAAGAAGAACAAAUAAAAUGUAUUGAUAGUGUACAUGAGUUACAAAGAAAUGUAAAUGAAAAAAGUGAUAAUGAUAAAUCUCAGAAAUUUGAAGAUUUGCAUUUACAAAUGGAAAUAGAAAAUAUACAAGAUUUAGAUGAAAUACCUUUAAAAUUGAAAAUACAACAAGAACAGUUAGAAGAAAAAUUACAUCAACAAAUGAAAAAAUUUCAAGAAGAGUUUUAUAAAAAUUCAAAAUUAGAGUAUGAUAAAGAACAACAGUUAAAAGGCAAUACAUUAAAUGACCCUGUUUAUGAUAAACAACAAAAAUUGUUUUAUGAAUUAAAAGACAAAUUUCAAAAAACAAAAGAAGAAUAUAAAGAUUUAGUACAACAAAAAAUGAUUGAAGCAUUACAACAAAAAGUUGAUGAAAAACAGUUGCUAGAAAUGAAAGAAUUUCCAGAAGAGUUUGUUGAGCCAAAUUUAGAAAUAGAAGAUCUUCAUAAGGAAGUUUUGCAAUUAGAACGUGAAUGUACUGAAUUAGAGCCUGAAUUUAGUUAUAAUAUACCGUUAGUUGUUGAUGAAAUACCAAGCAAUAAAAAAAAUAAAAAAGUCAAGUAUAAUUUAUUUGAAAAAUUACAUGAAAUACAUAAAAAGAAAUUAUGUUUUUUUGCUGAUUCUAAAGAGUGGCCUGAAAAAUAUUUAUACCCAUCAUGUUUGCUAGAUGAAUUAUUUGAUGAUCCUUCAGAGGUUAAUCCUAAUGUCUUUGUGAUUACUUUGUACUCUGUAGAUAUAGGUUAUUCAGUUAAAAUAACCAUGAAUAAGGAUAAACCACCAGUUGAAACUUUUUAUAGCUAUGCUGAAGAUUCAAUAUUAGAAUUUGUUGAAAGAGAACAACUUCCACCAUGUUUAUUGCAUUUGUUUGAUAAAGCUGAUCCAAUGUUAUUUUAUAAUGGACGUGUAAUAGCAGAAAUUCAUAAUAAAUAUCAUGCUGAUGAAUCAACAAGAAUUUAUCGAAUUUUAUUGCAUCCUCAUAGUUUGUCCAUUCAGAGUGAUUUAAAUCGAAUAAUUGCUCAAUGUAGUCCUAAACAUUGUUCAUACAAACGAAGAUUAAAGAUUGAGAGUAAAUUGAUUAGAUUAAAUUUCCCAGUUAUGUGCAUGGAUCCAUCACCUAUUGCUGGUUUAACUGUUCAGUUACAACAUCAAUUGUUAAGUCGUCGAACUAUAAUAUUAAAUCCACUAAAAGUAAUAAAUGAUGAUUCUUCUAAGUUUGAAAUGGAUUUAUUAAAAAAGUCGCAAGAAGAUACAUUAUCUGAAACAAAGUUGAAUAAAUCACAAAAAUUAUCGAAAUCAAUGGAGGAUAUUGCUAGUGACAAUAUAAUUCAUCAUCUUUUGUGGAAGUUUGAUUUCCGUCUACUAUCAUUUAAACUUAUUAAAUUGUAUAUUUUUGUUAUAACAGAAACUCGAGAAUACUCUAUGUUAUUGUGUAUGAAUUCAAAAGUUCCACAUGCUCUGAAGAUGAGGUUUAAAAUAAACCUUGAAACAAAUAAGUUAAAAGCCUAUAUUGAUGUGAUAUUAGAAAUUCUGAAAAAAAAAGUUAAUCCUGACAUUAUAGCGGUUCGAAGAUAUAAAAGUGAUGAUAAAUCAGUACCUAGAUCUAUUAUGUGUGUUCCAUUAUUGUUGAGUGACCAUAUUUAUGAACCUAAACCCACGGAUAUUUGUAAGUUGUUAGAAGAGUUGUUAGUAAAUAUACAUAAAUAUCAAUCUAAUCAACAAAAAACUGAUGAAACAAAAAGGCGUUUAAAAGUAAACAAUAAGAUGGAAUCAAAGAAGAAAAGCAUUAAUUUUGGUAGUUCAAAAACAUUAUCAAGAAAUCUAGAAAUUAAUAUAGAUAAAAAAAGGAAGAAACAAGUACAAGCUUUUGAAUCAAAAAAGUCAAUUCCUCAUAAAGUUGAAUCAUCGUUGACAAACACUAUAUCUGUAGAUUCAUUUUCAGCUAAAGAAGUACCUGUAGUAUCAUUAGAACAAUAUUCAGCACUUCCACCAGUGUCAAGUACUACAACUGCCAUGUCAUUUGUACCAAGACAAAAAACAAUAUUUUCAUCUGCUACUUUAAAUACUGAAAAUACUGAUUAUCAAAUAGCAUCUAAAAAUGUACAACAAUUUAAAGAUCACAAUGUUAGCAAAAAUGUUAAAUCUAAACCAGUUAUGCAAUUAAAAACUGAUCAUAAAAAACGUUUGGAAAAAAAUUAUAUUUUACUGGAAAAAUUGUUUAAUAAUACAAGUAUAAACAGUCGACUACCAUUGUACAAAUCUGUAAAUGAUAAUAAAUCAAAAUUAAGUUCUCGUAAUGAUCAAAUGAAAAAUAUAACAGUUGUAAAACAUGUACAUCGUAAUUCAAUCUGUCUGAAAGGUUCAGACGUCACAAUUAACAAAGAUAAAUUGCCUUUAAUAGCUGAUAUAACUGAAGAAAAGUUUUCAAAUGAACCUAAUGAUAUAUAUCAAGAGACCACACAAGUUGAUGAUAAUUCAACUACAAAUAUUGAUAGUUUGUCAAACUUACAAGUCACAUUACCAAACUCCGUUAUUACGUUGUUCCCAUCAUCUUUAAACAAGUCCAAUAAUCAAUACCAGAACAACGAUGUUUCAUUUCAAGAAAUAAAUGUUUCUUCAUUCUCAAAUACUGAAGAUAUCAAAGCUGCUAAGCGAAAACGAUCCUCAUAAAUACAUCAAAUAAAUGUAUAAAUUAUUUUUAAAACUCUGUAAAAAAUAAAGAACAUCAUUAUAUUUUCAUUAGUCACAAAUUACCAUUAGUUUUGCAAUUUAAUGUAUAAUAUAUUAAUUAAUUUUGUUGAAGAUUGUUGUAAAUAGUUCUUUUUCCUAAUGGUUAAAAUACAACAUUAUCCAUGGCCUAUAUGUCCAUUUCUAAUUAUAAUCAA